AUGAAAUUUGAAAAUCAGUUUAGUAAAAAUGAUAUUGUUACGUCGGCCUCUGGUGUAAUAGCAUUAUUAAAUGAAGAAGAAACAAGUUUAAAACUUUUUGGUCUAGAAAAAUUGAAUGCAAUAGUAGAUAUAUAUUGGCCAGAACUAGCUGAUUCUAUAUUGAAGAUAGAAGAAUUAUGUGAAGAUAAAGAUUUUGUUGGUAAUGAAUUAGCUAAUUUAUUGGCUAGUAAAGUAUAUUUUCAUUUGGAAAAAUAUACAGAAGCUUUAAAAUAUGCAUUAUGUGCUGGUAAAUUAUUUAAUAUUAAAGAGAAAUCACAAUAUGUUGAGACCAUGUUAGCGAAAUGUAUAGAGAAAUAUGUCGAAAUUAGAGAAAUACAAUAUAAUAUAGAUUAUAACAAUCAACAUAAUAUAAAUGAUACGACUACUAAUAAUAACGAUACUUUUAAUGCAUACAAUAAUAAUGAUUUUGGACAAGUUAAUUCACACAAUGAACUUUUAAAUAAGGAAAGAGAUAUAUUCACAUUUGAUUUUAAUAAUGAAAUUAAUCAAAAAAUGGAAAUACUUGUUGAUGAAAUGAUAGAUGUGUGCAUAAAAAGUAAUGAUAUUAAAGAAGCUUUAGGUGUUGCUUUAGAUGCUAGACGUUUAGAUAAAGUAGAAUAUAUAAUUGUAAAUGCAGAAAAUAAAAUAGAAAUAUUAGCUCACUCUAUUAAUAAUGAGAAACAUAUAAAUAUGAACAAAUCUUUUAGAAAUGAGUAUUUCAAAUUAUUAGUAAAUUUAUAUCUUUCACUAUCUGAAGAAGAAUUAAAAACAGAAUAUAUUAACUUAUGUGAAUGUUUAUAUUAUAUAGAUGAUUAUAAAAAAAUAGCUGAAAUAUUAUUGAACUUGUUACAUAAUUAUCAUUUAAUGGCUUAUCAAAUAUCUUUUGAUUUAGUAGAUUUUGAAAAUAAAAUAUUUCUAAGAAAUAUAAUAGGACAAAUAAAAGAAAACUUAAUACAAAAUAAAUCAUAUUAUUUUGGUGAAGAGUAUUUUGUUACUACACCACAAGAAGAAAAUAAUGAUGGAGAUAAUAAAGAGGAAGAAAGUAAUGCAAUUACGAGUGAACAACAAGACGAAAAAAAUAACGAAAAGGAAGAUAAAGAUAAAGAUAAAGAUAAUAAUGAUAAUAAAAAUCCUGAUAAUAACGAUGAUGAUAAUAAUAAACCUAAUGAUAACCUAACAAAUGAUGAACCUACUUAUAAUAAUAAUGAUGAUGAUAAUAAUAAUAAUAAUAAUAUUGUUCAAGAUGUAUUGAAACAUAUCAGUAAAAAACAUAUGUUUUAUAAUAGAAUGAAAAAACUAUUAUAUAUAUUAACAGGAAAAAUUACAGGAAAUUUAUAUAUUGAAUUUUUGCAUCGUAAUAAUCAUGCAGAUUUAAUUUUAUUAGAUACAUAUAAAAAUAUAGUAGAUUCAAGAAGUAGUAUUACACAUCAUGGAAUUGUUUUAGCACACGCAUUAAUGCAAACAGGAACUACCUGUGAUGUGUUUCUCCGUUCAAAUAUUGAAUGGUUAUCAAAAGCAAUUAACUGGGCGAAAUUUUCAGCAACUGCUUCUUUAGGUGUUGUAUAUAAAGGACAUGUUAAUGAGUCUUUUAUGGUUUUAUCUACCCACUUACCUUAUAAUGAUGUAUCAAGAGAAAUUGCCAAUAAUAUAAAUGUAGGACUUGCUCCUAGUGGUGUAUAUUCAGAAGGAGGUUCUUUGUAUGCCUUAGGAUUAAUUCAUGCAAAUUAUAAUACCAAUGACAAAAAGGUAAAGAACUAUCUAAUGUCUCAAUUAAAAUCAAAUAUGAAUGAUGAGGUAUUGCAACAUGGUUGUUGCUUAGGUUUAGGUUUGGUGUGUUUAGGAGAUGGUAAUGAUGAAAAUACAUAUGAUGAGCUAAAAGCAGUCUUAUACUCUGAUUCAGCCGUAGCUGGUGAAAGUGCUGCUUAUGCUAUAGGUUUAUUAAAAUUAGGUAGUGGUGAUGAUAAAUGUAUAGACGAAUUAUUGGCAUAUGCUCAUGAUACACAACAUGAAAAAAUUACAAGAGCAUGUAGUAUAAGUUUAGGUUUCGUUGUGUUCCAGAAAGAAAGAGAAGCAGAUACAUUAAUCGAAGAGUUGAUAACUGAUAAGGAUGCUAUUAUAAGAUAUGGUGGAAUGUUUGCUAUAGGUAUGGCUUAUUGUGGUUUAUCAAAUUGCAAUAAACAUAUAAUAAAGAAAUUGUUACAUUUUUCUGUAUCAGAUGUUAGUGAUGAUGUUAGAAGAGCAGCUGUUAUAGCUUUAGGAUUUGUAUUAUGUAAUUCACCAAAUCAAGUACCAAAAUUUUUAAAUUUAUUAAUAGAGAGUUAUAAUCCUCAUGUACGUUAUGGAGCUGCAUUAGCUUUAGGUAUUGCUUGUUCUGCAACAGCAAAUGAAGAUGCCAUAAAUAUGCUAAUGCCUUUGUUGACAGACACAACUGAUUUUGUUAGACAAAGUGCAUUUAUAUCAUUAGGUUUAAUUUUUCAACAAUCUAAUGAACAUUGUAAUCCAAACUUUAAAAAAUAUAAAGAUGAAAUUAUGAAAAUUUUAUCAGAUAAACAUGAAGAUAUUAUUGCUAAAUUUGGUGCUAUAGUAGGUGCUGGUUUAUUAGAUAUAUGUGGUAGAAACGCUAUAUCUACUUUCUUUACAAGAAGAGGUAAUAUUAUAAGACCACAAGCAGCUGCAGGUUUUUGUUUAUUCAGUCAGUUGUGGUAUUGGUUCCCAUUAAUCCAUAUGAUAAGUUUAACCUUCAUGCCAACAUGUUUAAUUGGAUUGACUGAAGACAUGAAAGUACCUAAAAAUUUCUCUAUUCUUUCCACUAGUAAUAAUCAAAAUUUUGAUUAUCCUUCCUUUUUAAGUAAGGAAAAAACCCAAGAAAAAAAAGAAACAGUAACAGCAGUGUUAUCUACAACUGCCAAGAGAAAAACAUUGAAAUUAAAAAAACAAAAGAAUGAUAGCAAGAUAACAAAGGAAAGAACAGCACAAGAUGAUAAUAGUUCAGUAUUAUCAGAUGGGAAAUCUAUGAAAAACUUAGAAAUUCUAAGUACUGCUGCUACUAUUGGUCAAUCUAGUCAUGUUUCCCAUGCUGAAAGUGUUGAAGGUAGUGCAAACGAUGAAAACACUCAUGAUCAUGCACAAGAUGGAAGUAAUAUUUCCAAUGUACAAAAAGGAAAAAAAUCCGAAGCCAAAAGUAAAAGUGCAGCAAAUGAAAAUUCUAAUAAUAAUGUGGUCGAUAUGAAAAAUCCCUGUAGGGUUAUCAAAAUGCAAGAAAAAUACAUAGAAUAUAUACCAAAUACUAGAUAUAUUCCUGUUCUCUCAACAAGAAAAUCUGGAUUUAUUAUGCUAACGGAUUUGACGCCUUUAGAACCAUCAGAAUGUAUUGAAAUAAAUUUUGAGGAAACAUCUAAAAAAGAGGCACCACCUUUUGAACCAUUUGCAUGGAAAGAAGAAAAUUAG